AGCUUCAGGAAGAGCUCCAGCCUCAUCCGCCACCAGCACCUCCACACCGGGGCCCGGCCCUACACGUGUGGGGAGUGUGGGAAGAGCUUCAGCCAGAGCUCCCACCUCUGCGCCCACCAGCAGACCCACACCGGGGAACGGCCCCACACGUGUGAGGAGUGUGGGAAGAGCUUCACCCAGAGGUCAACCCUCCGCGUCCACCAGCACAUCCACACCGGGGAAUGUCCCUACACGUGUGGGGAAUGCGGGAAGAGCUUCAGUGACAGCUCCACCCUCCGCAAACACCAGGUGAUCCACACCGGGGCGCGGCCCUACAAGUGCUUGGAUUGUGGGAAGAGGUUUCCCACCAGCGGGAAUCUCCUCCGGCACCGGCGGACGCACACGGACGAGAGGCCCUUCCGCUGCUCCGACUGCGGGAAGGGCUUCAACAGGAACUCCCACCUCGUCAUCCACCGGCGCAUCCACACCGGGGAGAGGCCCUACAAGUGUGGGGAGUGUGGGAAGAGCUUCAACCAGAGCGGUGCCUUGAGCAGACACCAACAGACCCACGGGUAA